AUGGAUAGCAUCCUCAGGCAUGGAGAUAGGGAAUUCUCAAACGGUGAUCUCUAUUCCGGUGAAGUCAAAGGGUCACUUCCUGAUGGGAAAGGGAAGUACGCAUGGUCAGAUGGAACAACCUACGAUGGAGAUUGGCAUGAAGGAAAAAUCUGUGGUAAAGGAAAACUUAUGUGGUCAUCAGGAGCAAAAUAUGAAGGAGAUUUCUCUGGUGGAUACCUUCACGGUGUUGGCACCAUGACUUCACCAGAUGAGUCUGUGUACAGUGGAGCCUGGAGAAUGAACAUAAGGCAUGGUCUAGGGAGGAAAGAGUAUUGUAACUCAGAUGUGUAUGACGGCUCUUGGAAAGAAGGAUUACAAGAAGGGCGUGGUAGUUAUUCUUGGACCAAUGGGAAUAGGUACAUAGGGAACUGGAAAAAGGGUGUAAUGUGUGGAAGAGGAGUCAUGAGAUGGGCAAAUGGAGAUCUUUUUGAUGGGUUUUGGCUGAAUGGGUUAAGGCAUGGCUCUGGUGUUUAUAAGUUUGCUGAUGGAUGCUUGUAUUAUGGAACCUGGUCCGGUGGUUUAAAAGAUGGGAAAGGAGUUUUUUAUCCUGCUGGAAGUAAACAUCCAUCUCUCAAGAAAUGGUGUCGCUCUCUUGAAUAUGAUGACACUGGAAAGUUUGUGCUUUCUCGUAGCUCGUCGUCAACAAACGUUGAGGAGCUAAGGAACUCGAGCACUGUGACAAGAAGUCUCUCCGUGAGGACUUCAGCUAGUGGGAUGGCGAGAACUUCUGGUAGAAUAUCGGAUAGGUUUACAGAUGAAAGCUGGAGGACCUCUGAUCCUCCUCCUCCAAGAGACGUUUCAUGUCAUGGGCCAUUAUCUAAGUCUUCUCGGUCUUUAGGCGCAGGCCAAAGCGAGGGACAAGAUAAGAACCGUAUAGUCUAUGAAAGGGAAUACAUGCAAGGAGUUUUGAUUAGAGAGACUAUAACGACUUCUGCUGACAAGUCACACAAGAUAAGACCUCCAAGUCUUCCUAAAGAAGUCAAGACUAGGACUUUCAUGACCUGUAUGAAGAGGGAACAUAACUAUUAUCUAAUGCUGAAUCUCCAACUUGGUAUCAGGUAUACUGUUGGAAAGAUUACGCCAGUGCCUAGGCGAGAAGUACGUUCUUCUGACUUCGGUAAGAAGGCCAGAACAUUGAUGUUCUUCCCUAAAGACGGCUCCAAUCUUACGCCUCCACACAAAUCCAUCGACUUCUCUUGGAAAGACUAUUGUCCUAUGGUUUUCAGGAAUUUGAGGGAGAUGUUCAAGUUAGAUGCUGCAGAGUACAUGAUGUCUAUUUGUGGUGAUGAUGGCCUGACAGAAAUUUCUUCCCCCGGGAAGAGUGGCAGUAUCUUUUACCUCUCUCAUGACGACAGAUUUGUGAUCAAGACAUUAAAAAAAUCUGAGUUGAAGGUUCUUCUCAGAAUGUUGCCUAAGUACUAUCAACACGUAGGGGACCAUGAGAACACGCUUAUAACCAAAUUCUUUGGAGUUCACAGAAUAACACUCAGAUGGGGAAAAAAGGUACGUUUUGUGGUCAUGGGGAAUAUGUUCUGCACAGAGUUGAAAAUUCAUCGUCGUUAUGAUCUUAAGGGCUCAACUCAAGGGAGGUUUACUGAAAAGAUUAAGAUCCAAGAGAAGACCACCUUGAAAGAUCUUGAUCUUUGUUACGAAUUUCAUAUGGACAAGCUAUUACGAGAAGCCCUCUUCAAGCAAAUUUACUUAGACUGCUCCUUCUUGGAAUCUCUGCACAUCAUUGACUACAGUCUUUUACUGGGGUUGCAUUUUAGAGCUCCAGGGCAACUUAAUGAUAUCCUUGAGCCUCCUAACGCAUUGUCAGAUCAAGAAAGCGUUUCUUCUGUAGACAUUGGUCUGACUCAGGAACUCUCCAUUCCUCCAAAAGGAUUGUUACUGGUGACUCACGAACCCAAUUCCGUGAACACUGCCCCUGGUCCUCACAUCAGAGGAAGCACACUCAGAGCAUUUUCCGUUGGCGACCAAGAAGUUGAUCUUAUUCUUCCCGGAACCGCAAGGCUGCGGGUACAGUUAGGAGUGAACAUGCCGGCUCAAGCUCAUCACAAGCUUAUUGAGGACAAGGAAGAGUCAGCGACAAUUGAGCUCUUUGAAGUAUACGAUGUGGUUGUGUACAUGGGAAUCAUAGAUAUUCUGCAGGAGUAUAACACCAAAAAGAAAGUUGAGCAUAAAUGCAAGUCUUUUCAGUAUGAUCCCAUGACAAUAUCUGUGACCGAACCCACGACUUACUCAAAACGCUUUGUCGAUUUUCUACAUAAGGUGUUCCCUGAAGAAAGGUAG